UACAGAGCGUAAUGACUCUCCUCGCUCAAUCUCCCAUGUCCCUGCAUGACACCUAUGCCGCUCCCGUAGAACACCGAUUCAACCCUUACUCCGAGAACGGGGGUACCAUCCUCGCCAUUGCCGGCGCGGACUUUUCAGUCAUUGCUGGUGAUACUCGACAAUCUGAGGGAUAUAGCAUUCAAACCAGAUAUGCUCGUAAAGUAUUUCAACUGACUGAUAAUGCCGUUUUGGCAACGAAUGGCUUUGCAGCCGACGGAAAGAACUUUGUGCGUCGACUCAAGCAGAGUUUAGAGUGGUAUCAACACAACCAUCACAAACAAAUGGGGCUUAAAGCCAUUGCUCGCCUUAUACAGACCAUGUUGUAUGGCAGACGAUUCUUCCCAUACUACGUGUACAACAUUCUAGGCGGGAUUGAGGAAGAUGGCUCAGGUGCUGUGUACUCCUUCGACCCGGUAGGAAGUUAUGAAAGAGAGGCUUGUCGUGCAGCUGGUGCGGCUCAGGCUUUGGUGCAGCCAUUCUUGGACAAUCAAAUCUAUUUCAAGAAUCAACAACCUGAACCCGGUGCCGAACCUUUCGUCCCUGGUCGUCUCCCCCUCUCCACUGUCCUCGGUCUCGUAGUGGACUCAUUCACCUCGGCGACUGAACGACACAUAGAAGUCGGUGAUGGUAUCGAGAUCUUCAUCGUCAUGGCCAAAGGUCGGAGCCCGGAGAGCUUACUCGAUGAAAAGCUUGGGGAAGGGAUGACUAUCGAAGAAGUUCCUCCGGUGGGUGAAGGUGGUGAGGAGAGGACGUUCUUGCUCAGUGGGCCCCUCAAGAGGGACUAGAAGUUCACCGUAUGUACUCCACGAUUUUGACUGAUGCAUGUAGAUACUCAAUUCUUC